AUUUAACGCAAAGUUGCGAUCCGCUCCCAACCUGCCACUUUGGUGUGGAGAACCUGCUUCUGAACAUUCCGCCCCAUCACUUUUGUUUCCCAGAGUUGCAUCUUGCUCAUCUCCGUCUUCUUCACACUGCAGACUCUCGCUCGCUGCUCGUCUCUUUGCAUUCUUUUUUCUCCCCUUUUCCUUUCUUCUUCCAAACUUAAAAAAGGACCCUCACAAUCUCCUCGAAUUGUACCCUUCAGCCAUGCCUACCAUCCUGCGACCUCGGUAACCGACGGGACGUCUUUCGCGAUCACAGGCAAAAACAAAACGAUGCGUGUGAAGAAAGGAACCAAGGUUGCGACAGGGGCAGCGGGCUGGCCAGGCAUAGAAGCGAUAGAGCUGUCGGAUAUUGAGGGCUCUUCCUCGCAACAGCACAGCUCCUCGUCGCCCAAGGAGACGUGGACGGGCCCAAUGCACAGUGACACCUAUGGCAACCCCCUCUUCCCGGGCCCCUACACGGCGCACAGCACCAUCGAGCCAGAGCACGACGACAGGCGCCGGGCCAGGCGCGCCGGGGUCCCGCCGACGUCCGCGAGAGGCGGUGUGUUCCGGCAGGACAUGAUAUGCGGGAUGAGGAGGCAGAUGUUCUGGGUCAUCAUAGCGACCGGCACUUUCGCCAUGAUCGCGACUGUUGGCAUCGGAGUCGGCCUGGGCGUUGCGCUGCGCAAGGCAGAUGGCCCGACAUGAGACAAAAAAAAAGGUCAUUAUACUUGGGCCCAUUUACCGCGAAUGCCUCCCGCUACGACAACCGUCGCGACGACCUCGGCAACAGCAGGCGUGGGGGGGUAGACGGACUGCUGGGCUCGAGGUGCCGAUCACAGUCCGCUGCGCUGCGCUGCGAAACAAGCCGGGCGCGGUACGAAGCUCGAGCUUGUCGACCCAGGGGAGAGCAUCCCCGCU